CCGGCUGGCUGGGUUAAAACUUCGGCGGGGCCAUCUUGGGGGCAGUAAGACCCAGCGCACGCCGGGGGUGCAGCCGCCGCCGCGGAGCGCAGCGCAGCGCAGCGUACCCGCCCGCCACCCACCGCCCUCCCAACCGCCAGCGGACAUGAGCGAGGCGGCAGGCAUCGGUGCCGCCAGCGAGGCGGGUCCCCCGGCCACCGCCACAGCCGCCGCCGCCGCCCCUCCGGCGGGACCCCCUGUGCCACCGCCGCCCGCCGCCACGGACGACCAGCCCAAGAGUCUCGUCAGCGCCGCCGCGCCGGGCGCGGCUGCUGGGGAGGCGGCCGCCGGUGCUGCCGCUGCCGCCCCCGCCGCCCCCGCUACAACCGUCGCGGCCGAAACGGAGAAGAAAGUGCUGGCCACGAAAGUUCUUGGCACAGUCAAGUGGUUUAAUGUCCGAAAUGGAUAUGGCUUUAUCAACAGAAAUGAUACCAAAGAAGAUGUGUUUGUUCAUCAGACAGCAAUAAAGAAAAACAACCCACGGAAAUAUCUACGCAGUGUUGGUGAUGGAGAGACUGUAGAGUUUGAUGUGGUUGAGGGAGAGAAGGGUGCAGAAGCAGCUAAUGUCACUGGUCCAGAUGGAGUCCCAGUAGAAGGCAGCCGCUAUGCUGCAGACCGGCGCCGCUAUCGACGUGGCUACUUUGGCCGACGCCGUGGACCUCCUCGAAGUGGCAUUGAGGGAGAAAUCAAGGAUGGGGUCACAGAAGGAGGACAACUUAAUCAACAAGUCCAUAGGAAUCCUACCUAUCGUCCCCGCUAUCGCAGAGGGCCCCCGCGUCCGCGCCCUGCCCCAGUGGCUGGAGAGGCUGAGAACAAAGAGAACCAUCAUGAGGCGAAUGCUAUGAGUCAGCAGUCACUUCGGCGUGGCUAUAGGCGCCCAUACAACUACCGGCGUCGGCCUCGUCCACCCAGUGCUCCAGCUCAGGAUGGGAAAGAGACAAAGGUGACUGAAACACCUGCUGAAAAUCCUGCUCCAGUGACCGAGCAGAAUGGUGCUGAGUAAAGUCCGGCUCCCCAGGCACCUUUAACCAUCAUUCAGGUGUCAUAAAAUACAACUCAAAAGUAACACCAAAGAAACAUUCAAGCAAUAAAUUGUCAACAAUGAUGAUGAGAACAAGGAUUUGAAACAAUCAGAACUUAAAAAAUAAAUUUACCAGCUGCUGAGAUCCAGGGAACGCCUGCAAGAUGGAUACGUGAAGAGAGAAAAAGAGAGCAAGAUUCAGAAAGAGCAACCUCCCCAGUUUCAAAAGCAACUGUGGCGUUAUUUUUUUUUCCUUAAUUUCACUAUUUCCUAGUAUUGGAUUUUUCAAUUUUUCUUUUGGUAUCAAACUGAAAAGGGAAAAAAGCCCAACCAAAGAGCUGAAAUUGAAAUAAAAUCCUUUUUUUUAUUGGAUGUUGGUGCUAAACCUCCCAGGUGUGAUGAGUUUUUUCUGUGCCAGUCCUGUUCACUGCAGGACCACGGGAGGAGAAAAUUCUGCUUUCCUUGGUAAGAUCUAUUUGAACCUGUGCAGCAUGGGUGACGUUCCUCACAAAUAAAACUUAUUUCAACUGCCAAAAAA